AUGGCAGCGAUGCGAACGUGCUUGGUCGCCCUCGUCGUCGCUCUCGGGUUUCUCUUCCUAGAGAGGCCGGCCACAGCGGCGGCGGAGACGACUGCCGAGAUGUCCGCGGAGCGGCGGCAGGAGGUGCAGAGCCUCCUCAGGCGUCUCAACAAGACUCCUCUCGCAACCAUCCAGAGCCCAGAUGGAGAUAUCAUAGACUGUGUGCACGUCUCCAAACAACCUGCAUUUGAUCAUCCCCUACUCAAGAACCAUACUAUCCAGAUGCGGCCUUCUUACCACCCAAGAAGCCUAAAUCAAAACUACAACAUUACCACCAAUCCAAUCACCCAAACAUGGCAUCAAAAUGGCAAGUGCCCUGAGAACACCAUACCAAUACGAAGAACCAUGGUGGAGGAUGUCCUAAGGGCAAGUUCUAUCAGCAGGUAUGGCAAGAAGAGGCCCAGGAGUAUUCCGAACCUCAAUUCCAUAAGUGGCCCUGACACGCCAAAUGUAUUAAAUGGCCACAAGCAUGCUGUAGCAGCUGCACAGGAUAAUAAGUGCUAUGGAACCAAAGCCUCCUUCAAUUUGUGGCAACCAACAAUUGCUCGGACAAAUGAUUUCAGCUUGUCACAGCUCUGGGUCACUGCAGGUUCCUACAGUGGCAACGACCUCAAUACCAUUGAAGCUGGAUGGCAGGUUUACCCAGCUAUGUAUGGGGAUAGCAAUACUAGACUCUUCAUCUACUGGACACGGGAUGCAUAUGAACACACAGGAUGUUACAACCUAGGAUGCCCAGGGUUUGUCCAGACAAACAAUCAGAUCGCCAUCGGUGGUAGCUUGUCCCCGAUCUCCACAUAUGGUGGCACACAAUAUGACUUGGAUAUUCUUGUUUGGAAGGACGCACCGAGUGGCAAUUGGUGGCUACAAGUGGGAGGCAAUGACGUGGGUUAUUGGCCAUCCUCGAUCUUCUCAUACUUGCAAGAUAGUGCCUCCUCUGUUGAGUGGGGCGGCGAGGUAUUCUCGCCUGACGCUGGCCAAACUUCAACACAAAUGGGUAGUGGACACUUCCCUAACGAAGGAUUUGGCAAGGCUAGUCAUAUCAAGAACAUGCUAGUGGUCGAUUCAUCCAACACCCUUAGAUUGCCAAGUGGUGUGAACUUGCUAGCUGAGCAGAGCAACUGCUAUAAUGUGCAAAGUGGUACCAGUGUCGACUGGGGCACGUACAUCUACUUUGGGGGACCUGGGAAGAAUCCUAACUGCCCAUAG